AUGGGGAUUAAAUGUUCUAAACGCAAAAACAGGUCUUUUCAAAAUGAAAUUAUUUAAGCCUAACCUAUUCAAAUAAGCUAAACUACUUCGAAGGAGGCAUUAGCAUUUUGUGAUUCCUAAGAUUUAGCAAAUUUUAUGAGAACUAAGCCGGCCAAGUCUUAUUUAUAAGAAGUUAUUUAGAAGUAAUAAAUCUACUUUGAUUCUUGCGAUUAAUUGACUCAUAUAAUUGAAGGGAAAUCUGAAAUUCUGUUAAGGUGUUAUAAUGAUUUUACUGAAAAAGCAUUAAAAAUUAAACUCAUGGUCCUAAAGUACUAUAAGGAGAAUUUUUUGGUUUAUUAGGAAUAGGAACCCGGAUGCAUUUUAAAUAAAGAUUAAAUAGCAAAUGAAACAAUGCAAGUAUGAUAUCUGAUUUGCAUGAUAAGAUACUCAUUGAGACUAACAUUAUCUUAAAUUGUUUGAUGGAUAAAAAUUUUGAUGUUGAAUAGGAAUUAUGGUGGGGAAAUGAUUAUUUUAAAGAUAGAAGAAUAAGUCUUGGAGAGAUUGAGGAUGAUAAAAUAUAAAAUGACCAAAUUGUUUAACCUAUUGUUCAAUAUUUAUAAGCAUUAAAAAAUAAAGUUACAUAAUCUAUACCAAUAAAUUAAUAAUACUAAAAACCUUUUCAGUAGAAUUAAUCUGUUGUAAAUAGUACAGCAAUAGCUCAAGUUCAUUUAACUAAAUUUUAUAAUGAUCUUAAGUUAGAAUUUGCAAAAGAUGCUGGUGAAGAAUAGAUUGUUUCUUGAUUGAAUUGAAUAAAUAAUUAUUUUUAUAAAUAUAUUUUAAUUUAUGAAUUAGCCUUAUCUACAUCCAGCAAAUCAAAUUAUUCAGGAUUCAGCACCCAAAGAAACACUUUAUAUAACUGGAUUGAAUGAUAAAAUUAAACUAGAAGACUUGAAAUUCGUAUUAUACAUACUCUUUUCAUAAUUUGGAGAGGUCCUUUAAAUUGUUAUGAAGAAAACAUAAAAAUUAAGAGGAUAAGCAUUUAUAGUAUUUUAAAACAUUACUUAUGCUACUAAUGCAAAAGCAGCUUUGUCAGGUAUGAUUGUUUAUGACAAACCAUUGGUAUCUAUUCCUGAUAUUUUAGAUUAUUGAAUUUGCAUACAAAAAGAGUGUUAUUUUUGAUAGAAUCGAAGGAAAAUUUUAUUAUAAAUAAAAACAACACAAAGAAUUGUAACCUAAUUUGCCAAAUGAAUUGAUGAAAGAAAAGAAAUAAAAAAAAUUUGAUGAGAAAAUACAAAACAGUAGCCAUUUAAAUUAGGGAGAUAUCAAUAAUGUUUUAUUGAUAGAAUCAUUACCUCCCUUUGUUACUGAAAUCAUGUUAUCAGAGCUAUUUAGGUAAUACCCUGGUUAUUCACUGAUUAAGUUGAUACCUGCUAGAGGCUUGGCAUUUGUUGAAUAUUAGAAUGAUGAUCAAGCAACAGUUGCAUUAAAGGGCUUGAGUAACUUUAAAAUCACUCCAGAAUGUCAAUUAAAAGUAAAAUAUGCCAAAAAGUGAA